CAGGCUUUUCAACUCCCUCUGCCCGGAAUGUCAGGAGAGGCCUCAGCCUUUUCCUGCUAUGCUCCAAGAGAAGAAGAAGGACUUACAGUUGUGAAGGUUGAAGAAGAAAAUUAUGUUUGGGGGAAGGACUCUGUCCUUGAGGGAGGCUCUGAGAGUCAGGAGUUCUUCCGCCAGCGUUUCAGGCAGUUUGGUUACUCAGACUCUGCUGGGCCCCGGGAAGCGCUGAGACAACUGCAGGAGCUUUGCCAUCAGUGGCUGAGGCCAGAGGUGCACACCAAGGAGCAGAUCCUGGAGCUGCUGGUGUUGGAGCAGUUCCUGGCUAUCCUGCCCGAGGAGCUGCAGGCUUGGGUGCAGAGGCAGCCGCCAGAAAAUGGAGAGCAAGCUGUGACUCUGCUGGAGGAGCUUGAGAGAGGAGUUGAUGAACAGAGGCAACAGGACACAGCUGAUUGCCAAGAAAUGAUCUGGAAGGAAAUGACACCCAUGGGAGCACUGACAUCUCUGUGUAACUUACCACUGCCCCUGGAGAACCAGUGCAAGAGUGAGACUCAGGAGCCUCACUGUUUCUGUGGGAAAGAUGACAAGAUGGCGAGUGACAAAGUGUUGACAGUGAAAGAAGAAAUUAUUGAACAUGUAGAAUCAGUAGCUCUGCUAUCUUCGGGACAGGUAGUCGAAGCUUCAGGAGAUCUGGACAAUGCUGAGAAGCAGAGGGAAAGUGUUGCAUGCAACACAAGUCAGCUCUCUUCCCAGGAAACACAUGUUAGUCUGGCAGUCUUCAGCAAGCAAAUUCCCACAAAACAGAGUAUCCUUCAAUGUAGUGAAAAUGAAGAACAUCUCAGUCUCAACACAAAUGAAAUUACAAGACAGAGUGUUCACACAAGAGAUCUUUAUGAAUGCUUUGACUGUGGGAAAGCCUUUUGCCAGAGCUCAAAGCUGAUUCGACAUCAGAAAAUUCACAUUGGUGAAAAUCCUUAUGAAUGUCAUGAAUGUGGAAAAGCUUUAAGGAGCCACUCAGAGCUCAUUACGCAUCAGAGAAUUCAUACUGGAGAGAAACCGUAUGAAUGUGGUGAAUGUAGAAAAGCCUUCAGCCAGAUUUCUGCCCUUAAUCAGCAUAAGAAAAUUCACACUGGCGAUAAAGCAUAUGAAUGUACUGAAUGUGGUAAGUCUUUUGGGAGGAGCUCUAUCCUUAUUGAACAUCAAAGAAUUCACACUGGUGAGAAACCCUAUGAAUGUUGUGAAUGUGGGAAAGCUUUCAGGGGCAGCUCAGAUCUCAUUAGACAUCGGAGAAUUCACACUGGAGAGAAACCUUAUGAGUGUGGUGAAUGUGGGAAAGCCUUCAGCCGGAGUUCAGCACUUAUUCAGCACAAGAAAAUUCACAGUGGAGAUAAAGUAUAUGAAUGUACUGAAUGUGGUAAGUCUUUUGGGAGGAGCUCUAUCCUUAUUGAACAUCAAAGAAUUCACACUGGAGAGAAACCUUAUGAAUGUAAUGAAUGUGGAAAAUCCUUUAAUCAGAGCUCAGCCCUCACUCAACACCAGAGAAUACACACUGGGGAGAAGCCUUAUGAAUGUAGUGAAUGUAGAAAAACAUUUAGACAUAGGUCAGGCCUUAUGCGGCAUCAGAGAACACACACUAGAUGGGUUAAUACUCUCCAGUACGGUAGCUGCUGCUCAUAUGCACCACCUAAAAGCCACCUCCUCCCGCAGGACACCGCCCACCGGCCACAGAGCUGCAGUCCUCCACACUUCCUAGAGGGGCACAUCCAGCCCACUUCCGGUGCGCGCGGCGCGAGGCUCUGCCGCCUGUGUGGGGGCGGGGGCGAGGCCCGCCGAGGGAAGUGCGAGUGGGAGGUCCUAGCUCAUCUGUCUCUGUGGCCCUCGGCGGCCUUCUGUCCCGGUUGGCUCCUGAGGCUGUCCCGCCGUCCGCCUGGCCCGGGCUCCCUGUCUGCCGGCCGUCGGGCCGCCCGCCCUCGUAGUGCCUCCUCCGCCGCCUUCGCUCUUCGGACUCCCGCAGCAGCGAGCCGGCUUGCGGCGUGCCGGGCCUCCGCCUCUGUUCAGGGACAUCCUGAAGAGCUGGAAUUCAGAAGGAAUCCCACAGACACAAGGCUCCACCACCUCCUUACAACAGCUGGGCAGGCUUUUCAACUCCCUCUGCCCGGAAUGUCAGGAGAGGCCUCAGCCUUUUCCUGCUAUGCUCCAAGAGAAGAAGAAGGACUUACAGUUGUGAAGGUUGAAGAAGAAAAUUAUGUUUGGGGGAAGGACUCUGUCCUUGAGGGAGGCUCUGAGAGUCAGGAGUUCUUCCGCCAGCGUUUCAGGCAGUUUGGUUACUCAGACUCUGCUGGACCCCGGGAAGCGCUGAGACAACUCCAGGAGCUUUGCCAUCAGUGGCUGAGGCCAGAGGUGCACACCAAGGAGCAGAUCCUGGAGCUGCUGGUGUUGGAGCAGUUCCUGGCUAUCCUGCCUGAGGAGCUGCAGGCUUGGGUGCAGAGGCAGCCGCCAGAAAAUGGAGAACAAGCUGUGACUCUGCUGGAGGAGCUUGAGAGAGGAGUUGAUGAACAGAGGCAACAGUACAUAGCUGAUUGCCAAGAAAUGAUCUGGAAGGAAAUGACACCCAUGGCAGAUCUGACGUCUCUGUGUAGCUUACCACAGCCCCUGGAGAACCAGUGCAAGAGUGAGACUCAGGAGCCUCAGGGUUUCUAUGGGAAAGAUGGCAAGAUGGUGAGUGAUAAAGUGUUGACAGUGAAAGAAGAAAUUAUUGAACAUGUAUCAUCUGCAGCUCUGAUAUCUUCAAGAAUGCUCCCUGGUAAAAUUGCUUCAGGACAAAUAGUCAAGGCUUUGGGAGAUCUGGACAGUGCUGAGAAGCAGAGGAGUAGUGUUGCAUGCAAAACAAUGAGUCAACUCCCUUCCCAAGAAAUACAUGUUAGUAUGGUACCUGUCAGCAAGAAAAUCCCCAGAGAACAGAGCAUCUUUCAGUGUAACAGAAGUGAAGGACAUCUUAGUCUAAACUCAAAUGAAAUUCCAAGUAAAAAAAUUCACACAGGGAAACUCUAUGAGUGCUUUGACUGUGGGAAAGCCUUUUGCCAGAGCUCAAAGCUGAUUCGACAUCAGAGAAUUCAUACUGGAGAGAGGCCUUAUGUAUGUGUAGAAUGUGGCAAAGCUUUCAGCUUGAGCUCAGAUCUCGUUAGACAUCGGAGAAUUCACAGUGGUGAAAAGCCCUAUGAAUGUCGUGAAUGUGGAAAAGCUUUCAGGGGCAGCUCGGAACUCGUUAGGCAUCAUAGAAUUCACACUGGAGAGAAACCCUAUGAGUGCAAUGAAUGUGGGAAAGCCUUCAGUCGGAAUUCAGCCCUUGUUCAGCAUAAAAAAAUUCACAGUGGGGAUAAAACAUAUGAAUGUAUGGAAUGUGGUAAGGCUUUUGCACGGAGCUCAAUCUUGGUUGAACAUCAAAGAAUUCACACUGGAGAGAAGCCUUAUGAAUGUAAUGAAUGUGGAAAGUCCUUUAAUCAGAGCUCAGCCCUCACUCAACACCAGAGAAUACACACUGGGGAGAAGCCUUAUGAAUGUGGUGAAUGUACAAAAACAUUUAGGCACAGGUCAGGCCUUAUGCAGCAUCAGAGGACACACACCAGAGUCUAACAAUGUGGAUAACAAUUGUGCAGUUGUUAAAUAGUUUCUUAACUUUAAAGUUUCCUGAGAGAGCCUAGCACAAUUCAGUAUCGUAAGAGGAGAUCCACACAGAGAUGUUAGGAUUGUUGAAGUGUUGAGUGCAAGAAUGGUAGGUAUUUUCUAGAACUAUGGACAGGAUGAGGACUCACCAGUACCUCCUCCCCAUUUUCCAACCAAUGCAUAUAACUGCCAUUAGCACUUUCACAUGAAGUCCAGGAUUAGGGUAGAUAUGGAAAGAGCUCCUAGUAUGAUCUUUGCCCAGCAGUGGCAUUUGUGCAUUUUGUAUGUGGAAGCAUGUGCUGAGUUGAAUUAUGUGGCAUGUGAAAGCUGAAUUACGCUCUUGGUGAUUUUAAUGGUAUACAAGAUUGUUUAAUAUCCAAGGAAUGGUUGCUCAUUGUGCCCCUUGUUGAUCUUCCCCGCAGGUUUGAGCUUCCUGCUGAAGUUAAUUCUGGCCUUAUUUGUUGAGCUUCUGCUAUGUAUACCUACUUGGGAUGAUAGGGGCACUGACUCCCUUCAUCAACUUUUUUGCUCAAUGUUUAUGCAAAACUCACUGUUUACUGAACAAGUGAUAAAGUGAAACAUGGUAUGUGUUUUGCUAAGAUAAAUCCAGGCUCCUGUUCAAGAAUAGGGCAUGAUAUUUUACCUUAUGAGUCAUUGAAGAUUCCUUACAUGUGAUCACAACAGAGUUAAAACCUAAAUUGUAGGAAGUUAGCCAGGUGAAGGGCACAGGUGAAGAGGAAGUCAUAGAACGUAUGUGGUAUAAAGGUAAGGGAGGUCUGGAAGCAUCUUUUUAUUAGGAUUCAUUCUAGCAAUUUAUUUUCAUACUCUGGCUCAGAAGGCAAGACCUAUGUUAGUUUCUCUUCCUAUUUAUAAUCGCUGUCACAGAUGAAGUGAGCUCUUAAGGCCUUCACAUGCUCAGAAUUUAUGUGCUAGGAGACUAGUGCAUUUUAUGCAAAGUGUAUGUAUAGCAAGGAAAAAAAAAUACAUGUCUGGAAGGAGAAUGGGAGAUGGAGCAUUUGUGUCCCACCACUUUGGGGCUCAGGAAAUGGGAAAAUUGUAGGAACACAGUAAUGGGAAAUCUGCCUUCCCGGGCUUCACUCUGUCACUUCCUGUGCCUUUCUCUAAGUACCAGGUUUACUCUUUAGCCACUUGAGGGCAAUAAAUAUUUCUUGGGAUUAAUCCCUCAGAUUGGUCAAAAUUAUACUUCUCUGCUAGUUUUUAUUCUGAUAGUUUUACUUAACCCACAGUUCCCAAAGACAAUUCCUGUAGGAGUUGCAUUGGAAAAUCUGGUAAGCACAGAUAUUGUAAUAGAGAAUGUGCAGUUGAGUAUUUGUGUUCGAAAGUUGUACUAAUUAUCACUGAGCAAAAUCACUCCUAAAUUUAUUUAUAGGGAUUCUUCACGUGGAUAAGGAGUUGCCUUUCUUAUUAAAUGACUUUUUAAUGUUCUUAUUGCGUAUUGUGAAUUAUGCAUGCUGACAAUACAAAAGUAUAAACAUCCACAAUCCCACUAUCCAUUAGAAUUGUUAACAUUUUGUAAUAUUUCCAAUUAGUAUUUUUCUCCCCUAUUUCUGUUUUUGGUAACUGAAUUUUACCAUUUAUGUUGAAUACAUAAUUCAGCUGGUCAAUAUCUGAAUAUGAUGUAUAAUAAAACGAGUUUUUAAGGUUUCAUUUUAAAUUAUUUACAAGUAGGGAAAACAGCAUCAAGUGUGGGUAAGUAUAGAGGGUUAGGAAAUGAGUGUGGGAAGUAAGGCAAGUAGGUUUUUUUCCUUUCCUGGGCCAAAAAACAGUAGAAAAAUACAACAGCCAAUUUCUAGAAAUGCAACUGACCAGCCUCACAAAAUGGACACGUAAGGUUGAAUUGUGGAGGCACCAGGAAAAUAAAUGUGUUCAAACACAUGAACAUAUAUCUAGCACAACUAGGAUUUUCCCUUUCCUAUGAGGAAGAGGAUCAGUUUUGCUUUAAAUUUCCAAUCCUCUGAGACAGUGUUAGUGGGCUGUAGAAGUGAGGGAGAACAGGGCAGACACUGCUACCUCCUAGAGUGCUUUUACAGCAAGACAUCGCUGAGCAAAAAGGCAUGAACUAGUUGGUGAAAUAAAAAUCCAUUUCACAAACACACAAUGUUAAACUUUUGACUGUAAAAGUCUUCCUCCUUUGGCUCCUUUCACCUAAGGUUGCAGACUUGCAAGGUAACUUGCUCACAGCUGCAGAAUUCAUGGGAAAGCACUAAUGACCAAAGGCUUUGAACACUUCAAGGGGUAUUGCUUUUCUCAACCAUAAAUCCUCAGGCACUUAACUUGUAUUUGUAUAGGGAUUUAUAAUCUGUAGAAGCCUUUUUAAAUACCAUGUUUGAAGUAUGCAAGUCUACCACUGUUUUAUCAGUGAUGAAGUUAGAGGUAAGGAUGUAGCUCAUUGGUAAAGUGCUUGCCUAGUUAGCAUAUGAAGGUCUGAGUUCAAUCACUAGUGGAAAGGAGAUGAAAUGGUCAUGCAAUCAAAAGAAUCAGAGUUAAGUUUGCUAUCAAACUGAGACUUGGAAGGAACAGAGAUGCUGCAGAAAGUUUUUAUUUUAUAUAUUUUCUCAACUAUCCUAGGUUUACACUCAUGUUUUUUUUUUGCAAAAAUCCCUAUCCCCAUCCCCUCAUAUGAACUGUUUUUGAUGCUGGGGACUGAACACGUUAAGUAUUACUAUACCUUCAGUCUCUUCCUGUAAUAUUGAGUAUUAAAUACUACUAAAAAUUUUAGAAUACAGAAAAACACAAUAGAACAUUACUUACACCUCCCACCCAAAGAUAACCAUAUAGCACCUUGAUAUUGUGUAUUUCCAGUAUUUUAAUGCAUAAAUAUAUAUUUUACAUGGAACAUAUUGUAUGAUUUAAUAGUAUAUUAUGAGUGAGUCAUUUACCAUUAGCUAACACCAGUUUUAACACUUUCAAGACAGUACAUUCAUGGAUAAUUUCUGAAAUGUAUUUCCAGGUAGAAUUUUAAGUCAAAGGCAAUGCUUAAGGCUUCUGGUACUGAUUGCCAGAUACUGUCUAGUCACAUUCCACCACCAACAUGCCAGUCCCAAUUUCCCUGAAUCUUUAUCAAUUUUAUUGUAUGUGCUAUCCCAACUGUUGAUUCAAUACACUUUUUGUCAAGAUUGAACAUCCAUUGUCUAUUUGCAUUACUUCUUUGUGAUUUGUUUACUUAAAAGUUUUUCUAUUGAGAGUUUUCAUUACCAGGCACUAUAAAAUGGCUCUGUAAUAGAGCUGAAUUCAGAGUUUGACCUUAUCAGUUUUUGGCUAUAACCUUUAGCCUUUCUUUUGUCUACAAAAAUAUAGGCUGCAGUAAGAAAUAAUACAUAUACACAAAAGGUUACAUUUCUGACAUGUAAAAGCUUUCUACAGUGUUUUCCUUUUGCAGUAUAUUAAUUCCUGUUUAACCUUUCCCAAUUUGGACAUUUUCUGGAGUAAAAAAAAAGUUGUACACCUUUUAGCUAUUUUGUUACAUUUUCCCAUAUUUCCCAAUGAUACCAUUCUUUUUCUCUUCAAAUAUGGGCAUUUAGCUCUCUUUGAAUUCUUACUGGUUAGCAUAUAUAUUCAAGAGGACUGUUACUUUUGUCUUCAUGAAAAUUAUUUUUAUAUGCACCAGAUUUUGGAUUUCUAUAUGUGUUUGGUAGGUUAUUCCUCCAACCUAGUAGGUCUACUGAAUGAUGUCUUUUUGCUGUUUAUUAAUGUAUAUAACUUCCCACCUCACAUUAGGUGACAGAACAGGUGCCUGGUUAAUAUGUACAACUUUCUACCUCAUAUAAAAUCAGGCACCAGCAUCAAGUGCCUCAGAAUAGGGAAAAUCUUGAUAGAGCAUGAUUACUUCCUGUUAUUUCCCUUUUGCACUAUCUUUAACAAAACUUGCAAAAGGUACUGUGAAAUAUAGUUGACAUUAACAGUGUGUGAGGUGCUCAAGAGAAUAGCUCAUAGGCCCAGCCACUGAUAAAUAUUUCUUGAGCACCUGAGCCCAAUGGAGUAUACCAGGAAUUGUGGGGCUAUCCCUUCAGAAAUAAAUAAGGCAACUCUCAAUUCAGAGCCUUGAAGAUUAAUGUGACAGCAGGUCCAAUACUGUCUUUAAGAAUCAAAGGAGACUUAACAUUUAAGAGAGGGAGGUUUAAAGGAUUUAUCAUCUAGAUUAGGCUCUUUCAUACAUCUAUACCCACUACCUCCCUGUGUAAAUUCUAGCCUAUGCUAGAGGUUGGGGGGGGAAAAAAGCGAACCACCUAUUAGUUCUUCUCCUUGGAUCACAAUGAAAAAGACAAAAACUCCUUAUAAUGCUGUGUUCCAAGGGCUCUAGGUUUUGUCUAUUAACAAAAGUUUUUCAACUGGUUUAUAUUUUUCUACAGUCAUUACUUCAGAGUCUGGCUAUACCCAUAUACUUACAGAUGUGAUUCUAAAUUGAAAAGGAACUUAGGAAAUAUUUUACUUUCUUCAUGGUCUUUUAUCUGCUGUUCCAUCUAAUGGGAAAAUUUCCCCUGGACCACUUUUUCUUGCCUCACUAAUUACUGCUCAUCCUUUACGUCAUUUCUGCCAUUUCUUUAAGUCCAAGUCAGGAGUUCCUUAAAAAUCACAAAGCACUAAUCACACCACUGUGUUACUGCUAAUGGCUGCCUUGCCCAUUAGAUCACAAGGAUUAUACCUUACUUUCCAUUGUAUGUCUAUGACACAAAUCUGAAAAGGUAACUGUUGGAUAAAGUAAUUUAUAUUCUUCAUGUCUAUUCAAUUUCUGAUGUGCUCUGGGAUCAACAAAACAAUAAUGAACUGUUUCCUUCUUAUUGCCUUGUUCUAUAUUGGUGCAGUAAAACCUUUUAGGUUCCUGAGACAAAGUCCCUCCCUCAUACUACACUAUGUCCCAAACUAGCACACUCACAAUUAACUGUAGCCACAAAGCCUAGAUCCCUACCCCCUUUUCAUGGCAUUUUGAUAGAAAAUGAAACAUCAACAUUAUAUUCCCCAUUUUUCCUCUUUCCUGAGUAUUUUUAACAGU